ACAACACCAUCGGUGCCAGAACAGUGAGCUGUUUCUCCUAACAACUCUGGAUCACCAGUGACCUGAAGGAAUUGCUCAACAAGAGAGACAGGAAAAUAUUGAGUAGUAUAUGAAAACAACUUCAAGACAAAAUUAGAUUGUUGUGGAAGACAUCCUGCCCGGUUUUGGGACCCACCAACAUCUGGAAAAAGCAGGCAACACUUGUUCUUUGAUUUCUUCUAUGCAUUCAACAAAAUUCAGCUUGGUUUAUUAAGUCAAAGACUCCUGAAGACACAGGUGGAGGCCUGUCUGUACUCUUAACUAUUCCUGUUCACUCUGUACACCUCAGACUUUCAGUAUAAGACAGAGCCCUUCAUCAACAGAAAUAACUCAGAAGACAUCAGGUGUAUCAGAAAUUAAAAAAAAACUGCAUACAGAGAUGAUGGAAACAAUCAUCUUGACGUCAAUAGAAACAAAAUGAAGGAAAUGAUUGCAGAUUUCAGGUGAAAACAACUGUCAAGUGCUAGUGUGUUCACCUAACACACUGGACUGACAAUGCAACAGUGAAGCCAACAAGAAGGGUCAGAGAAGAAUGAGCUUCUACAUAUUUGGAUGUUUGUGUGAGUGUAAAAGUCUUCAUGUUUUGACAGAUAUGGGGUGAAUGCACCAUGAUGCAACUUAUCACUGAGAAACAGCUGAAAACAUCCUGUUCACAGAUGGACAGUCAGCAUUGUUUCCUCUGGAAUAUUCAAAUAAUUAACACAAUGGUUUUUGAAGAAGUGACGCAGUUGAUGCAAAUUUUAAAGAAUUGUGCACAAAUUUAUGGGAAGAUAAGUGAAAUCACUUUAAACAAUAAGGCCUGAUCAUGUCCAGUAUCCCUUAACAUUUUUCUUUCCAAUUUCUGACAGUCACUGGAUUAUUGUUAAGAUAUUUGGUUUGACAGAAGCUAUAUUGUGUGUGUUAGUGUGUGCUUCCUCUUGCACAGGCCUUGAGGUUAGAAGGUGGAGCUACAUUGGGUUCUUCUUGGUUUCAUUUACGGUUACCCAAACUUUUGUCAUAUCAGUCUGAAUCGUCGGCAUGUAACCUGUGUUGUAAUGGUUUACAUCACUGUCUUUCUUCAGCAUCGGUUUUAGUAUCAGUGGCAUUGAGAAUGACUGGGAUCCGGUACCUGGCUUGUCUGUGGACUGUGGUCAUCACUCUUACUGGUUUUGUUUUUUGCGGCGAUGUUUCGUUCGUGGAGCGGCUGGAGGGAGAGUCGGUGGUCGUCCACUGCCACAUGAAGCCGAGGGGCCAGCCACCCUUCGGCCUCUACCUGAAGCGCAGCUGGCUCCGUCCCGUAGACGUCUUCUUCAAGUACACCAAGAACGACGCCUCCGUCAACGAGUCCUUCAAAGGCCGAGUGAGCGUCAGCGGGGACCCGAGCAGUUACUCCGCCAACGUGACCAUCUCCCAGCUCAGGGCCGCCGACACAGACCGCUACACCUGCGAGUUCAUGGUGGAGAGAAUGGGCGCAGAGGAUGAAAAGAUCCAAGGCAACACCGAAAUCUUCCUCCAAGUCAGCUCUGAUGCUCCGAGCUCUGUGGACCUGGACCUGAUCCAGACCUGCACCGGAGACUCCGCUGUCCUUCCGUGUUUCACCCCAAAUAGCGAAGGCUUGGCUGUGGAAGGCGUGGUUCUGAACAGGCAAAGGGGCCGAGGCCCCGUGGAGGUGGCCUACCACUCUCAAAGGCGCCACAUUUCCCUGUUCCCCACUGAGAGAGUCCAGCUGUCGUCUGCGCCCGGACCGGGCGGCAUCACCUUCAAUGUGACGCUGCUGCAGCUCCAGCCUGAGGACAGCGCCCUCUACAGCUGCCAGCUGCUCCUGCGCGGCAGGCCCGACAGCAGCACCAGUCUUAAGGGUCAAGUGUUCUUUAUUUCCAUCCAAGGUGAUAGGUGUGGCUGCUCCAGCUACCCCAUGCUGCUCUACGCCUUGUCUGGAGCUGCGGGCAUCCUCUUCCUCCUCCUGCUCCUCGUUGGAUGUGUGGUGGCGCGUAAAGGUAAAACCCGCCAGGAUAUCAAGACACACUCUCAGGCGCCCAUCUACGAGGAGAUGAUCGGGAUGCAGUCUCCCAGCCGAAAGCUGACCGAAUCCUCCGAGUACAAAAACUGCCCGGUGAAGAGGGCCAGCCCUGGAAACCAUUAUGAAAGCCCGAGUGGGGCUCUCUUUCCCCGGAGGGAUUCUGAGAAAUGACGUGUUAGAUCAGAAUAGGAUGACCCAAAACUUUCUGAGAUUCGCAGAACUCUUUCACAUCUGUUUAUUGACUAUCAGAAAAUAUAUUUUUGUGGCCUUUCAAACAAGAAAAAAAAAAAAAAAGCACAUUCCCCUUUUGCCACAUUUGUCAAAUGUGGCAAAUGUUUUAGAAAUAGAAAAAUAUUCUGUGGGCCAAAGAGACAAAACUGUUUUUCUUCUAACAUUUGUAAUGAAACCAAUGCACUAUUUCAGGAAAUAAACCCAAGACAUCACUCACUCACUGAGUGUGCUGUGGUGGCGCGGUGGUAAAGCACCUCCCACGUAUGAAGGCCUUGGUCCUCAAUGCGGUCGUCGCAGGUUCGAGUUGCAGCACGAUGACUUUUGCCUCAUCACUAUCCACCUUCCUGUCUAAUAAAGGCUGUUUAAAAAAAACAUAACUCCCUCAAACAAACACAGUGUUAGUCUAGAGAUGAUUUCUUCUUUAGGAGCUGGAUGACCCAGUGCAGUUGAUGGAAGAAUAAAUUCAGCUUCUUAUCAGAUGAUCCCGAGGAAGAACUGCAACUCUUUUAGCUGAUCCUGUUUGGGUCAGCCAAGAGACCAGUUCAGCACUGAAUGCCUAAAAAAAAACCCCAAACCUUGAAAGGUGUUGGAGUGGCCUAGUCAAAGUCUACUCUUGAAUCUAAUUGGGAUGAUAGGGAAUGACC